UAUUGUCCCUAAACACCAUCCAUCAAUAGUCCAAAGAAACAUUUAUCCACAUGAUGACUUUACCAAUGAUCUCAAUGUUUGUCCUUCUCAUGGCUCUCCUAGCAAUAUUAACACAAACCUCAUAUGCUCAAAACUCACCACAAGACUAUCUCAAUGCUCACAACAAAGCACGUUCUGAAGUUGGUGUUGGUCCUAUAACAUGGGAUUCAAAUGUUGCAUCUUAUGCACAAAACUAUGUGAACCAAUUGAGAGGAAGUUGCCAGUUAGUACACUCUGGAGGUAAAUAUGGAGAGAAUCUUGCUUGGAGCAGUGCUGACCUUACUGCUACAGCUGCUGUUAACAUGUGGGUUGGAGAGAAGCCAAACUAUAACUACAAUUCUAAUUCUUGUGUUGGUGGUGAAUGCUUGCAUUAUACUCAAGUUGUUUGGCGCAAUUCGGUUCGUCUUGGAUGUGCUAAGGUGAAGUGUAACAAUGGUCGUAGCACCAUUGUUAGUUGUAACUAUGAUCCACCAGGUAACUAUAGGGGUCAGAGACCUUAUGGUAUUAGUCCUUUUGAAAUACCAUUGAGCUUCAACAACCAUGGCUUUGAUAACAAGUAAUUAGAGAUGAAAAGUCACAUAUGAAAAAUAAAUCGAUAAGUGACAAAUAUCUGUAUAUUUUCAUAUGCAGAAAUAUAGUCAUAUGGCAUUGGCAGCAUCAUAUGUAACAAUAACAUGCUCAAUAAUAAUAUAUGUUCAAUUAUUAUCUUUUUAUCUAUGAUCUUUUUUUUAAUUUGAAUAAAAAUUAACUUAUUCCUCAU